AUGAUUGGUUUGUCAACGAAUCUCCAUUGCUUACGCUCCAUUUUCUUCACCGGUCUCCGUCCUUGCCCAUCUCCAACCACAUCUAGUUUCGUCAAACUAUGUUCCACUUCCAACCCUAACCCUAGACGCGAAAUCCAUACCAUCAGAGCCCAAGUAUCCGAAAUCAGCCUCGACACGUCGGUGAAAGAGCGAGUCAAGUUAGAGAACAUAUGGAAGAGCUACAAUGGCGUGACAGUGCUCAAGGAUGUGAGUUGGGACGUGAAACGAGGUGAAAAAGUAGGGUUAGUGGGAGUGAACGGAGCCGGGAAGACGACUCUGCUCAGGAUAAUCGCCGGUCAAGAAAAAGCAGACUCAGUUCACGUAAUCAAGGCCAAUCCCAAUAUGAAGAUCGCCUUCCUGAGCCAGGUAUUCGAGGUUUCGAUGAGCAGGACUGUGAAGGAAGAGUUCAUGAGUGCUUUCAAGGAAGAAAUGGAGAUAACAGAGAAGCUGGAGAAAGUGCAGAAUGCGAUUGAAGAAGGAAAUGUCCAUGAUUUGGAGCUUAUGGGAAGGUUAUCUGACGAAUUUUAUUUGUUAAAGAGACGAGCUCAAGCCAUGAAUAUAGACAGCGUCGAUGAUAAGGUCAGUGAACUUAUGCUGGGAUUAGGGUUUGCAGCAGAGGAUGAAGAUAGGCUUGUGGCUUCGUUUAGCGGUGGAUGGCAAAUGAGAAUGUUACUUGGAAAAGUUUUGGCUCAGGAUUCAGAUUUGCUGCUACUUGAUGAGCCAACAAACCAUUUGGAUCUUGAGACGAUUGAGUGGUUAGAAAGUUAUCUGAAAGAGCUUGAGGUGCCAAUGGUUAUAGUAUCACAUGACAGAGCCGUUCUUGAUCUAUUGUGUACAAAGAUACUUGAGAUUGAGAUUGGUGUGUCGAGGACAUUCGAGGAAAGUAGUUACUCUCAGUAUGUACUGGAAAAGGCAACAUGGGUCGAGGAACAGCUUAUGGCUUUGGAGGAGAAGGUGGGGCUAGAAGAUGGGGAAAUAGAGAAGCCAUACAAGCACAAGAAGAUGAAAAUAAGGUUUCCGGAGCCAGGAACGAGUGGAAGAUUGGUACUCACGCUUCAAAACAUUGUUUUCGGUUUUGAGGAUGACAAGAUGCUAUAUAACAAGGCUAAUCUAGUAGUACAAAGAGGAGAGAAAAUCGCUAUUAUUGGCCCUAAUGGUUGCGGGAAGAGCACGUUACUGAAGCUAAUCAUGGGUUUAGAGAAGCCAUUGAAAGGUGAAGUUAUGUUUGGAGACUACAAUGUACUCCCAAACUACUUUGAGCAGAAUCAAGCGGAGUUUCUUGAUUUGGACAAGACAGUUCUUGAAACAGUAGUUGAAGCUGCAAAAGACUGGAGCAGUGACGAUGUAAAACAUCUCCUUGGACGUCGCAACUUCAAAGACGACAUGAUCCAUCGAAAGGUCUCUCUUUUAAGCGGAGGCGAGAAAGCGCGUCUUGCUUUCUGCAAAUUCCUGGUGACGCCAUCGACAUUACUCGUUUUGGACGAACCAACCAAUCACUUAGACAUUCCGUCUAAAGAAAUGCUUGAGGAAGCGAUAAAGGAGUACCAAGGUACAGUGAUUAUGGUGUCUCACGAUAAACAAGUUGUCAACAGAGUCAUACAAGUUAAAGAUGGCGGUUUGGAAGAUUACCUAGGCGACUACAAUUUUUACUUGUGGAAGAAUGCGGAAGCUAGAGCACAGGAGGUAGAGAGAAAAGCAGAGCUUAAAAUGAAACUUCCAAAGGUGAAGGCGAAAGAAAAGAUGUCAAACGCUGAGAAAAGCGCGGUGGAGAUGCUGAAGAGCAUAGAGUUAAAACUGCCUACACCGCUCUCAAGAACCCAGAAAAUAAGAGCGAGGGAGAAGCACAAGAUUCAGAAGAUGCAAUCGUUUCGAGUAGCUAAACAGAGCUCAAAGGCCACCAAGAACUCAAAGCGAUGGAAGUGA